AUGCGUGCGUUUGAUAUCCUGUCAAUGGUUCUUGUUACCAAAAUUCUUCUUAACAGUGGCGCAUCCUCGACGCCGACGAAUUACUUGCUCUCGAAUCCACACUCGCUCAUCGGUGACGACACGAACGACGACAUUCAAGCUUUGCGUGUUGACGGUGAAAGUGAUAUCCAAGAAGAGAGGGGUCGGUCUUUCAACUUUGACUCAGUGCUGAAGUUUCUCCCAUGGACAGCUGCCCACAAGGCUGCCCAAGCUACUAGAGUUGCUAAAGCUGAAGCUGCUAAAGCUGAAGCUGCUAAAGCUGAAGCUGCUAGAGUUGCCGAAGCUGCUAGAGUUGCCGAAGCUGCCAGCGCUGCCGAAGUUACCAGCGUUGCCGAAGCUACCAGCGUUGCCGAAGCUACCAGCGUUGCCGAAGCUACCAGCGUUGCCGAAGCUGCCAGCGUUGCGGAACUUGCCAGGGUUACCCAAGAUGUCAAAGCUGGCGUAAUUACCAAAGUUGAGAAAGCUGCUGUCGAUUGGAAAAGCCCGAUGACGAUGCCUAAUGACCAAUUCAACAUUUGGUUUCAUUUGGUACAAACGGAUGAGGAUUUUAAAUGGGAAGAGCUCGCGAAAUUACGUCUAAAAGAAACUAGUCCUAGCGUUUUGAAAUCGAGGUAUAUAGAGAGCGGUGGCGAAAUCGAUUGGAUUGUAGAUCCAUACGACAGGUUGUGUAAGAUAACUAGUGCAUGGAACGAAGCGUUGUCCAAAUCGAGUGACACAAUGAAAUUGACCUAUAUCCGCGGUGCUACCAGAAAACUCAGAAAUGAUGAAGCUGCCGAAGAUAAGAGCCGUGUGCUAAAAGGGAUGGGAAUUUCUGAGAAUGAAUUCAAAAAUGGCAUUGCAAUGCUACUGGCAAAUGAGAAGGACAAGUGGGACCAGUUUGCGGAGUGGCUUUCAAAAGACAUUAAUCCCGAUGAUAUCAGAAAGAUGUUAUGGACGUACGAAAAGGACGAAGAGAAGAUCUAUUCGAUACAAGUUUCCUACACUAACUUGUUUAAAGACUACGAAGCAGCAAAACGUAAUCCAUCACACGAUGCUAAAGCGUUGGUUAACAAUGCUGAAGCUUGGGAGAAGCCGAUAGAUAGAAUUGGCAAAGGAAAUUGA